UUGUUGUUUCAUAAAUAUCGUAAUUGUGUAAGGUUCCACGUUACGUGAUCUGUCGACUUAAAUAGAUAAAUUUACAAUGACCAGCAACGAGGAUAACAAGAGCGAAGUCUCGGUCAACAUGGAAAGUGAAAAUGGAAAUGCUGAAGUGGAGGACAGUGAAAAAAUCAUGAUCAUUGAUCCAGAAUCUGAAGAGUUGGAUUUCAAUCAUUCGCGCUUGACGAAAUUGGAAAACUUGGAGCCUCUGCAUAAAAUAAAAAAACUGUGCUUCACCUGGAACUUGAUCAAAAAAAUUGAAAAUCUCAAUACCCUGCAAACUCUAAUUGAAUUAGAACUGAGGGAUAAUCAAAUUACUGUUAUUGAAAAUUUAGAUGCCCUUGUAAAUUUACAACUACUGGACUUAUCAUUUAAUAGAAUUAAAAAAAUCGAAGGCUUGACAAAUUUGGUGAAUUUACAAAAAUUGUUUCUUUCGUCUAAUAGAAUUACAAAAAUUGAAAAUUUAUCACAUUUGAAAAAUUUAAAUAUGUUAGAGUUGGGAGACAACAAGAUUAGGGAAAUUGAAAACUUGGAGGGUUUGGGUAAUUUGACUAAUUUGUUUUUGGGAAAAAAUAAAAUUUCGGUCAUAAAAAAUUUAAAUAGCUUGAAAAAUCUUACAUUGUUGAGCAUUCAAAGCAAUAGAAUUAUAUGUAUUGAGAAUCUAACAGAACUGACAAAUUUGGAGCAGUUGUACUUGUCAGAAAAUGGCCUUACCAGCAUAGAAGGAUUAGAAAAUUGCCUAAAAAUAUCAACUCUUGACUUGGCAAACAAUAAAUUAAAAUACAUCAACAACAUACAGCAUCUCACUGAACUAGAAGAGUUUUGGGUUAACAAUAAUGAAAUUGAAGAUUGGACCACUAUUGAUAACUUGACAGCUAAUAAAAAAUUACAAACUGUGUACUUGGAGCAUAAUCCCAUUGCAAAAGAUCCAAAUUACAGAAGAAAAAUAAAAUUAAUUUUACCUUGGCUACUACAACUGGAUGCUACUCUGUGUCGAUGAGACCAUAAAUCUUUGUCUUUCAAUGAUAAUGUUGGAGAUAAUGUAGAGGAUGGAAGGAUACCUCUUACCAAGAAUAAUGAUGAACUAAGUGGCUGUUGAGGAAAUUUAGUAUUUUUAUAAUUAUCAUAGAAGCUUUACUGUUGAACUUAACGUUUUACAAUGAAAAUAAGUAACUGAAAAAAAAAGACUGUGUAAAGUUACAUUCUAAGCAUACUCUUUGAAGAUAAACUUGAAUACAUUGCGUUGCAAAUAAUAUUUGUGCGGAAUAUGCAAUGUGUGGCAUAAUAUUCACAAGUAUUUAAAUCCACCUUACAAUUAUCAAGAUACCAAUAUUGAUUACAUAAAAAACUAUAUUUGUGCAAAACACUUAUUUUAAUAGAUUAAACAUGUAAAUUUAAAAUAAACCUUUGAAAACGCAUUGUCAAACUACUGUUGGAUGUAUAAGUCCUCUGGUGAUGAAACAUCACUUAAUUGUAAACUUAAAAAAAAAUAAUGAAAUAUUCAUACGACCGUU